AUGACUAAUCAAUUAUCAACAUCUCCUAAAUUACCUCCCAGAAUACCACUUAAUUUGAGUAGUUGUACCGCUACUAAUAAUAGUUAUGAUACAACAACUGAAACACCUGUAUCUUCAACCUUUAGUAAUAAUAACAGUAAUACAAUAAAGGGACCUAUAAGCUUAGAGGGAAAUGAUUCGGAUAAUAAUAAAACCUGGCCAUUACCACCUAAUAUUAAUUUAUUAUCUAUAACCCAGUUACUGAAUCUUACUCAAAACACGGAAAGGUUAGGCCAAUACAUACAUGAAUUGCUUGAUCCCGAAAUAAACAAAAAAGCGCAAUUUGAACUACGGUUGUGCCAAGACAAAUUAAAAGAAUUAAUGAAGAAAUUUGAAGAAAUCUUUGAAAAUCAAACCAAGGUAGAUAUUCAGUAUAAGGAGUACAAGGAGAAUUACAAUCAAUUAUUAAAGCUAAGGAACGAGGUGGUUUCAUUAUUCAAUGAAAAUUUAAGUAAGAAGGCUUUAAUAAAAAGAUAUCAAAGUGAAAUACAAGCUUUGUCGGAUUUAUCAAACAACAACAAUACUGAAAUAGUGGAAAUGCAAUUUUUAUUGACUAAUGAGAAGGUAUUAAAUGAAUAUAUUUCGGCACGGACAGAUUAUCACAUAGAAUCCCAAAAAUUACAACUCUGGCAAUCUCAAAAACCAUAA